CCCAUUGCAGAAUCUAGUGAUAUAUGAGCGACUGAUUCAGUCAAUUUAUUGUAAAUGACUAUUGUGCAUGGCUAUUGUGAAUUGGCGCACCUUCUGCAUGCAUUUUUAACAAAAAAACUGUAACAAAACUUUAUAAUUUAAAUAGAAAUUAUAAAAUAUAGUUAAAAUUUACCUUUCUCAACAAUUUAACGACGUAAUAUGUCUUUAUGUAAAAUGGCAACUACAACAGGGUUGCAAUUUUAUUUUUGCGUGACAUUGCACGCUAAUAUACACGGGUUUUGGUCUGACAUAUUUCACAGCCCUUGCAAAUAUUUUUCUGCGUGUGUUUGUUGUUGUGCCGUUGUAAAUUUGCAAUGCUUGCACCGUGCACCGGGGUUUGCAAGAGCAAGAGAAUACCCCUAUAGUAUUUAUAAUUUUUAAAUAUAAACAUAUCUUGCGGAAUGGCCACAUUUUUUCACAGUGCUCUUUUAUGAUAAAUUUGAAACCAAAUCGAUAGCAGUGGACAAAGUUUUGAAAAUUAUCUGGCAUCACUCAUUCAUUACCUGUCUCAUAAAAUAGCACAGAAAAGUAGUUCACGUUCUUGGCACAAAUAAAUAAUAAAGUUUCGAAUGGAUUUUGCUCGUAAAAUAUUGAAUAAAUACGGAUGGAAAGAAGGGGAUGGUUUAGGAAAACAUAACAAUGGCAUUGUCAAACCCUUGAAAGCUAGUAUGAAAUUUGACAAUGCUGGACUUGGUUCUGAUCAAGCAGCCAGUGAUUUCAAUAACCAUUGGUGGGAACGCGUUUUCAACGAGGCCGCAGAAAAUGUUGAUGUGAAAACAACAAAAAAUGGUGUAAGUGUGGACCUAAAAAACAAAGACGAAAGUGUAGAAAUAUCUACAAAGGAGUACUCGGUGAAAAAACUGAAAAAAGCCAAGGAUCAAAGUUGCCCAAAUGACAACCGAUAUGAUAAUUUUCUACAAUCAGCCACACUUACAAAAUCGGGUGAUGAAAUUGAAAAUCCCAACAAAAUAGCUGUUGCAGACAUAUCCGUUAAGAAAUACAAACCUUUAACAGAUGAAGAGUUAUUUCGUGCAUGUGGGGGACGUACUGCUCAUAAAGGAGCACGACAUGGGUUGAAAUUAAGUGGAAAACUAUCUCGUAUAGAACAGCAAGAGCAGGAACUUUUAGCUAAAAUGGAAGAAAAGAUCAAAGAAUCCGCAAAAAAGGAUUUGAACAAGAAAUCUGAUAUAAAUGUGGCACAUGAAAAGCCAAAGAAAAAGAAAAAUAAGGAACAGGAAUUAACCGAUUUAAAUUUAAUUAAAGAAAUGAAUUCUUCAACUGAAUUAAAGAAAAAUAAACGGAAAGAUAGUCCUGAAAAUAGCAACAUAAACGCAGAUGUAAACAUUAGAAAAACAAAGAAAACUAAAAUUAUGACUACCGAUGUAGUUCCAGAAGUGGUGCUAAAUGUAAAUGAAACCACAGUUUCUAGUUCUGUCAAUUCAAGCCAAAAUAAAAAGCGAAAAGAAAACUCCGAAGACCCAUGUAUAACACCACAAAAAAGCAAAAAAUCUUCAAAGAACAAAAGAAAGCUAAAAUCGGAAGACCAUGUGGGUGAUGAGCAUCAUGAUGAAAGCGAUGUAAAUAUUUCAAAUAAAUCAGAAAGUAACAAAAAGAGAAAAAAACACAGAACAGAAAUGCCUUUAAAUAAUAGUGAUAAAUAAAAAGUAUAUAUACAUAAUA